AUUCUAUAAUUUCCAACCAAAACCAAAGUUUCAAUUUUCUAAUUACAUCUUCAUGUCACACACACACACAUAUAUAUAGUACUUCUCCUAUAAAUUAGUUUGCAUCAAAAGCAAGGGGCAUACACAUUUUCUCCUUCUUUCAUCCUAUUUGUAUAUGAUAUCAUCAAACAAUGAUAUACUAGGAGUGAUAAGCAAAAUUCAAAAUUAGAGAAAAAUUCAAAAUUAAAGAAAAAUUCAACCAAAAAGACAAGAAUGAGAGAAAUAAGAUGAUUAACAUUCAAAAAGAAGAAGAUUUUCCAUUGAAAGCAAAGGCUUCAACUAUCUCAUCAUCAUCAUCAUCAUCACAAUGGCUACAACUAAAAGAUCAUCCAAGAAUUGUAAGGGUAUCAAGAGCCUUUGGGGGAAAAGAUAGACAUAGCAAAGUUUGCACAAUCAAAGGACUAAGAGAUAGAAGGGUAAGGCUUUCAAUCCAAACAGCAAUUCACCUCUAUGAUCUUCAAGAUAGGUUAGGGCUAAAUCAACCUAGCAAAGUUGUUGAUUGGUUACUAAAUGUAGCAAAAGAUGAAAUUGAUGAGCUUCCACCACUUCAAAUACCUCAAGAAAACUUCACCCUUGGUUAUCCAUCUUUUAAUGAUGAUAACACUUCUAUUUGGAAGUCAAACCCUAAACAAGUUUUAGGUGAAAUGGUUAAUCAUAAAGAAAAUUGGAUAAAUAAAAGUGAAGAGGAUAAAGUGGAGAAUAAUGAUUUUCAUGAUGCACAACAUGUUUUGACCAAUCAACCUUCUUUUUUGGGAUUGUUGAACAAUUCUAUGCCACUUGCUUAUCAUCAAUUACAGCCUUCAAUUAGAGAUAUACAUUAUGGGAUAAAUGUUGUACCUUUUCCAUCAUCAUUGUCUUUGUCAACACAACAAUAUUUCCCUUCACAUGUUGUUGGAGCAAUGGAUAUGGAUCCAAGACAAAUCAAUUACAACUAUGAUCAAAUGAUGAGUUCAAGUUCUCAAAACAAAUUCUCUCAAUCCAACUCAACAAUUCAUCAUGAGGGUGGAUCUUAAAAUUUUCCAUUCUCUAAAUAGUUGUGAAAGUUAUUCCCAUAAAAUCAAUAUUUUAUUUCCUUCCAAGUGAUACAUAAAUAUAGGACAAAAGUUAUCUAAAAAAAUGCAUGGAUCGUCAUGAGGAUUAUAAGAAGUUUAUUGGUUUCAGCAUAUUUUUUGUUAUGGUGUUUUUAAAUAGUCACUCUCUUUUUGUUAUUC